AUCAAAAUACUUAUUAUAUGGGAAUAAUAGCUUUCUCAAGCACAUGCCAACUAUUCCAAAUAUUUCAAGGUUCUUAGCAAAAGUGCAAAACCCAUCUGUAUCUGUGUGUAAAGAAAUUCUUACCUCACCUCUAUCCAAUUUCCAAUUGCAUGCUUCAUUUGUUAGAACCUGACAUUAUUGAACAGAGAACAUAUAAGAUAGAGAAUUCAAUCAUGCCAUUUGGUUUGGUCUCAGCUUGGAACAAGCGCCGUAGAAGCAAAUCUCAAGAUCAUACAGAUCCCUGUAGUGUCUUCUUUCUAUUCUUGCCAUGGUUUAAGCGGGUUUACAAACCUGCACAGCUUUGGCAACUUGAAGAUCAAACCCCACGUCCUACCAAAAGGCUGCAUGGAUCAACUGUUUUCACACUCAAGGAGAUGGAAGAAGCAACAUGUUCAUUCAGCGAUGAAAAGUUACUUGGAAAAGGAGGGUUUGGCAAAGUUUACCGGGGCACUUUGCGGUCCGGCGAGGUAGUAGCAAUCAAGAAAAUGGAGCUGCCAGCAAUUAAAGCAGCAGAGGGGGAACGUGAAUUCCGUGUCGAGGUUGACAUUUUGAGCAGACUUGAUCACCCAAAUCUCGUGUCUUUGAUAGGCUACUGUGCUGAUGGAAAGCAUAGAUUCCUAGUAUAUGAAUAUAUGCGUAAUGGGAACCUGCAAGACCAUUUGAAUGGAAUUGGGGAAAGAAACAUGGAUUGGCCUCGAAGACUGCAAGUGGCUCUGGGAGCUGCAAAAGGGCUUGCUUAUCUACAUUCCAGUUCUGAUGUUGGAAUUCCUAUUGUUCAUAGAGAUUUAAAAUCGACCAAUAUUCUCUUAGAUGCCAACUUUGAGUCAAAGAUAUCUGAUUUUGGGCUGGCCAAGUUAAUGCCGGAAGGGCAGGAGACACACGUGACUGCCAGAGUACUUGGUACUUUUGGCUAUUUUGAUCCCGAGUAUACAUCGACUGGAAAACUCACUCUACAAAGUGAUGUUUAUGCUUUUGGUGUUGUUCUUCUGGAGCUUUUGACUGGACGCCGAGCUGUAGAUCUAAAUCAGGGUCCCAACGAUCAAAACCUUGUACUACAGGUGAGGCACAUAUUGAAUGACCGCAAGAAGCUUCGUAAGGUGAUAGAUCCAGAUAUGGCUCGAAAUUCUUACACCCUUCAGUCUGUAGUCAUGUUUGCCAAUCUAGCAUCAAGAUGUGUCCGAACAGAUAGUAAUGAGAGACCAUCAAUGGCAGAAUGUAUAAAAGAACUCCUAAUGAUUAUCUAUACAAAUUCAAAAGGCUUGGGAAUGGUUAUGCAUAGUUUGAGAAUGAUCUAGUGAAAUCACAAGUUUAGA